UCCAUCCGUGCUCCUGUAGCGGUCUCCGUCUCCCCGCAGAAGACGCAGCCAUGAAUCCGUUAUUCGGCCCCAACCUCUUCCUCCUACAGCAGGAGCAGCAGGGCCUGACCGGGCCGCUGGGGGACCCCCUGGGAGGCGACCACUUCGCCGGGGGAGGAGACGUGUCCCCGGCGCCGCUCGCCCCGGCCGGUCCGGCUGCUUACUCGCCGCCCGGGCCGGGCCCGGCGCCCCCCGCCGCCAUGGCUCUCCGCAACGACCUGGGCUCCAACAUCAACGUGCUCAAGACCCUGAACCUCCGGUUCCGCUGCUUCCUGGCCAAGGUGCACGAGCUGGAGCGCCGCAACCGGCUGCUGGAGAAGCAGCUGCAGCAGGCGCUGGAGGAGGGUAAGCAGGGCCGGCGGGGCCUGGCUCGCCGCGACCAGGCCGUGCAGACCGGCUUCGUCAGCCCCAUCAGGCCCCUGGGGCUGCCCCUGAGCGCCCGGCCCGCCGCCGUCUGCACCCCUUCGGCGCGGGUGCUGGGCUCGCCCGCGCGUUCGCCAGCCGGCCCCCUCGUGCCCUCCGCGGCCUGCCACUCGUCGCCCUCCACCUCCACCUCCACCUCCUACUCCUCGUCCACCCGCUUCAUGCCCGGCACCAUCUGGUCCUUCUCUCACGCCCGCCGGCUCGGGCCGGGACUGGAGCCCACGCUGGUGCAAGGGCCUGGCCUGUCGUGGGUGCAUCCCGACGGGGUGGGCGUCCAGAUCGACACCAUCACCCCCGAGAUCCGCGCGCUCUACAACGUCCUGGCUAAAGUGAAGCGCGAGCGGGACGAGUACAAGCGGAGGUGGGAAGAGGAGUAUACUGUGCGGAUACAGCUGCAGGAGCGAGUGAACGAGCUCCAGGAGGUGAGGGCUGCCCCCCCCCCNGAAGCCCAGGAGGCUGACGCCUGCCAGGAGGAGCUGGCCAUGAAGGUGGAGCAGCUGAAAGCUGAGCUUGUGGUCUUCAAGGGGCUCAUGAGCAAUAACCUGUCUGAGCUGGACACCAAGAUCCAGGAGAAGGCCAUGAAGGUAGAUAUGGACAUUUGUCGCCGCAUUGACAUCACCGCCAAACUGUGCGACGUGGCUCAGCAGCGCAACUGCGAAGACAUGAUCAAGAUGUUCCAGAAGAAGCUGUCUCUGCACUUGUCUCCCAUUAAGGUCCCAUCCAUGGGGGGGCGGAAGCGGGAGCGCAAGGCUGCCGUCGAGGAGGACACCUCCCUGUCGGAGAGUGACGGGCCCCGCCAGCCCGAUGGGGAUGAGGAGGAGAGCACAGCCCUCAGCAUCAACGAGGAGAUGCAGCGCAUGCUCAACCAGCUGAGGGAGUAUGAUUUUGAGGACGACUGUGACAGCCUGACUUGGGAGGAGACUGAGGAGACCCUGCUGCUUUGGGAGGAUUUCUCAGGCUAUGCCAUGGCAGCCGCAGAGGCGCAGGGAGAGCAGGAAGAUAGUUUGGAGAAGGUGAUUAAAGACACGGAGUCCCUGUUCAAAACCCGGGAGAAAGAAUAUCAGGAAACCAUUGACCAGAUAGAGCUGGAGCUGGCCACGGCCAAGAACGACAUGAACCGCCACUUGCACGAGUACAUGGAGAUGUGCAGCAUGAAACGCGGCCUGGACGUGCAGAUGGAGACCUGCCGCCGGCUCAUCACCCAGUCGGGAGACCGAAAGUCUCCUGCUUUCGCUGCGGUCCCGCUUAGCGACCCGCCGCCACCGCCAAGCGAGGCUGAGGACUCCGAUCGCGAUGUCUCAUCUGAUAGCUCCAUGAGAUAGGGACCUGCCUCCAGCUUGGCACCUGGGCCCCGGGGCACCACCCUGCUGGAAACUCACCGAGGCAGAGGGGUGGGGGGUUCACAGAAGGGGAACAUCAUUCGUCCCACCGCACCAAGCCUCGCCCCUGGGGACUGGGACCCUCCUCCCUUGGGCUUCCUGCCUUUGACCUUGGCCUCCAGGGUUCUCAGGUGUCUGGAGUGAGGCUUAGCCCGCCCGUCCCAGGCGACUCCCACUACGGCCGGGGCUCUCCUGGCUUCAUGCGUGGGUGUCUGCUACUUUCUCAUCUUUAAAAUGCUGCUGGAGCGAUUGUGGCCCCUUACUUUCUCCAUUGAGUAAGGACUGUGAUUGUCAGAUCUUCCUUCCGUUUCUGUGGCCUCAAGCCAGCUCACGGUCAGGAUCUGUACUGGUGCUAACUGGCCCAGGCACUGGUAUGAAGUGGAGGAAGCUGGACGUUGCAUGGCUUGUGCAACACACACCGGGGGAGAGGGCCUCCCUCCGCGGCGCAGGUGGAGGUCGGACUGGGUGCUCUGCCCUCCCUCUGUCGUCCAAGUGCUCCCGACCAUCUCUCUGCCUGCGGAGGCAGUGAAGUGGCUGCGACCCUUCCCUCCGGCAGUGCCUGCCUUCAGGGGGCCUUAGUGCCUCGGGUCUGGGCGGCUUCUGGAUCUGACCAGGUGCAGCAUCGUGGAGGGAGAGGGAAGCCCUUGCUUGUUCCCCAGUCAGCAGAGUGGCAGAGAAAAAGGCGAAGCUGCUUGUGUGUGUGCCUGUGCGUGCGUGCGCGUGUGUAUGUGUGCUCAGGGCCUCAGUCUCUUCAAGUAUCAGCUGAAGAUGUGCCUCCUCCGUGUCUGUCACACACCGAGAGCAACCGGCUAAGACGUCCCGGACUUGGAAAAGCCUGGGAGAAACUGGGGGCACGCGAAUGAGGACAUGUCAGCCUAACUGCCGGAGGGAGGCCGAGCUGACAUUGGAAUGGAAUCUUCAAUAAUAAUCAAACUGGAGAGUAUUUAUUGAACACUUUCGUGUCACUGUUUCAAGCACUUUCUGGUGGUAGCUACUUGAUCCCUGCUGGGAGGUGUGUCCUGCUUUUCAUCACCUUACACACGACCAGGUGCCGGCCUGUGCCUCCGCCCCCGAAGCCCUCACCCGCAGACCAUGGCAGCGAUCCCCCUUACGUGCCACCUUGAGUCCUGGAGGUGGCGUUACCCCAUUUUCCUGAUCACUCACUACACUGGUUAUACAGCUGACCGAAUAUAAUUGUUCCAGAAGACCUGGAGGGGCUGGGCACUGGCGUAUCCAUUUACAGACGGCAGUAACUAGGGCCCAGCUAGAGCUCAGCCUGGGCCUCACAGCUGUGAGGCAGUGGAAUUCGCUCCCUGGCAGUUGGCUCCCUAGCAGCAGCCAGGUCACCGGGCAAGGCUGCGAGACUUGCUAGCCCAAUUCCAAAGCCCUGACAUCCUGCGCCAAGGUUACCCUCCAGGUGGCUGCAGCCAGGUCAUCUGGUGACAAGACGUACUUGUUCUCUGACAUCAUGUUGCAUCAAGUAGCACCUAGGGGCUUUGGAGGGGCACUAAGCCAAAGCAAGGACCAGUGGCCCUCAGAAGUGAGUGCAGUGCACACACCUUUGUGAGGGAUGCUCUCAGGCCCACGACCUCCAGGGGAGUUUAUGCCUGGUUGCGGUACGCUGGGUCUUUCUUGGGUACCAUGAGCAAGACUGAUUUCUCUUUGGCACACAGCCUAGCUCCCCUCCUCCUUAUCCCAGGCCCUGGAAUAAGCUAAAACAUUCAAAGAGCUGGCUGGGUACAGUAUACUUUAUUGAUGGUACAUGACAAGGUAGGGCUCCCCAAGCCCCUCCCCUUCUUCAGGGG